AACCUGCAGCAACCCGCCAAAUUCUAAAGCUAAACACUGUGGCGUUAUGUCGGCGCUUUCUGUUUAAACUAGCUGAUCAUUUCAAUAAAUUGCUCCUGGAAAUGGCGCUGUGGAGCGACGUUGAGCUUCUGACCAACGAGGACACAAACACCGUCCGUUUCGACGGUGUGUCCCGGGAGGAAAACGGCAGUGGCCUGUACCAGGUGGACACACUGGUCAAAAUAUCCAGUGCUAACGAGGUGCAGGCAGAUCCCCGUCUCACGUCCUACAGUGGCUCAAACUGGAGUUUUAUUGUUGCUGACAAGACAGUCAUCAUGUUUGAUCAGAGCUAUCAGAGCAUCCUCCUGCUCCUUAAUUUUGAAACUGAUGUGGAUGCCAUUGAUGUAUGCCUGAAGGGAAAGUUUCUGGUAGUUUGUGAAAGAAAUGGUAAUCUUCAUUUGAUCUACGUUCCACAAAAGAGGAUCCUCCUAACCAGGGCUUUGGUUGAGAAACCAUCCAAUGGCAAUAAGAAAACCUACCGCUAUCUCAUCAUGGAUGAGGACAAGGCAUCCUCAGGGAUGUACUACAUGUUCCUUCUUAUAAAGGAUGGUUUUUUCUACAUUACAAACCUUUCCUUGGCAAAGCUUGAGACAGCCAUUGAAAAAAUGGAUGUAGGAGCUCUGAAGGAGCUCCAGUCUCUGAUCAAGAUAGAUUUUUACUCCACCGAGGUUUACCAUGAGGAGGGUUGCAGUACAGCAGUGAUGUUCAGUCUGGGUCAUGAAGUCCACCUAAUGAUUGGGGGCGAUAAAGAAAAUGUUUUGACUCACUGGAUGAUGGACCCUUGUCAGGCAAAGAUGUGCUUUGCCCAGUCUGUCAACAGCAGCUUAAUUCCAGGUGUGAGAAAGAUGAUGGUGGUUGAUAAUCUCUUGUACAUCCUUGACACUGAGGAUGUUCUGAGUCUUUGGGACCUGCACUUCCUUGUCAUGAUUCACUGUUGGCCGGAUCUCGCCAUUCAUGACUUUCAGCUCACCGCAGAAUGCGGCUCUGCCUCCAUGGUGGCCCAAGACAAGGGCAGCAUGAAGAUGAUCACGCUGACAAAGCAAGACAACAGUCAGAUCAGCUCACUGCAAAUCCGAUUCCUGCCUUCUAUGACUAUUUGCUACUCUCUUGAUGUUUCCUCAGUCUCGUGUCUCGUCCAUACAAAAAUAAACAUGGAUGCAAUUUUUUUAGUUGAGGGGAUCUGUGAGAACCCAGAGAGUCGAGGAGAGCCAGUAGCUUCUGUUGUUGUCCGAUGCUUCACAGAGGCGUUGCCUGAGAACAGGCUGAGCAGACUUCUUCACAAACACAUGUUUGAAGAGGCUGAAAAGUUUGCCAUUGCAUUUGAACUGGAUUUAGAGCUUGUCUAUAAGGUGAAGCUUGACUUUGUGCUGGAGCAGCUGGCUUCAGCAUCAGUAGGUGGUUAUGGAGAAAAUGUGUGGUCUGAACUAGUAGAAGAAGCCAAGACCAAUCUGAUGAAGAUCACAGAUGAGCAGUAUGUGGUGGAAUACUGCCUCAAGGCUCCAUGGCCUACCUUUGAGACAGCAGAGAAGAUGCUAAACCAUGCUGCCACGCGAUACUCCUCAUUACAGAUUCAAGAGGCCUUGGCCAGAUUGGCCACCUUCUGCAGCCUCCACAGUGUAGAAAAAUUCAAUGGAAUUGCUUGGAUUGAGUUUCUGAACAGCACUGAUAAUCUCGGAGAUAUUCUCACCCAUUUAAGAGAAGGAGACAUGAAGGGCGCACAGCUUCUUUGGCUCAGAUCCGAGGGACAGAUUGCAGCAGAGUUCCAUGAGAGGAGCCUUGAAACCAUCCUCAGUGCCAUCCCAGAGGACCUGCCCUCACAAGACCUCUGUCCAUGGUUUAGGACAGUUUUUGUCCCUUUUGUGAGGAGAGUGGUCCCACAAGGGCAGAGAAUCCUGGCAAAGUGGCUCGAGCAGAAAGCAAGAAAUCUGGAGCUAACAGAAAAGGGUGCGUGGCCUCAGAAUGGGUUGGACUUGGCUGUGCUUGGACUGCCCUCUUUAUGGACAUGGAUGAAAUCUGAUAACAGUAAUUGUGUAGAAGAGGUGGAGAGCCUUAAGUCCCUGGUGUCCAACCUACGUCAGCUCCUGGACCUCCAUCGGAAAUACAACUGCACACUUUCCCUUUCAGUCUUUGAAAAGAGGACUGUGUGGAGUGUGGCCUUUUUCAUGCUGGACAAAGUGCCGGCUCCGGAGCUGAUCGCUGCCACAGUGGAGAAUAGCGUCAAGCCGUACGCUAAAGAGCACGAGAUUCCUUUUGAUGAGCUGCUUCUGCAGUACAUCAAGGAUUUGCUGGAGCGCUGCAGUUCUCAGACUACAACACUUUUCACAGAAUGGGAAGCUAAAGCGGUGGCUGUGCUGGGCUGCAUGACUGACACUGAUCUGAUGGUUAAUGCUGUACUGGAGAUCAUGCAGAAAGCUGUGGUACCCUGGAGUAACGUCGUGGAAAAACUGGUUGAGCAGUACCUAGAGAUGGAUGGACCAAAACAGGAGCUGUUAAAAGAGAGCUACCGUCUGAUGGAGAUCAGGAAACUUCUCAGGGGAUACGGCAUCCGCAAUUUCAACCUGUCUAACAGCACCCAAAUUAUGACGCUGAUUAGAUACAUCAUCAAGCAAGACUUGCCAAUGUCCUUAGAAGAUUCGCUGACGUUAGCUGAGGCAUACAAACUACCAACAUCCCAGAUAAAUUACCUGUAUGUCAUCCAGCUCAUAGGCCAAGGCAAGACUGAGGAAAUAUUGACUCUCCUGAAGAAGUUGUCGCCUGCAGAGGCAGAGUGUGUGAUUGACCGUCUCACGUCGUGGGCUAGGAUGCAGCUGGAGGACAAAGACCACAUAUCUGAUGAGCACAAGAAACAUCAGAUGGUCAUAGCUCAGGUGAUGGUGGAGGCUCUGAAAUACCUGCAUAUAAUCCAAAAAUGCGACGCUCUUAAAAGUGUGGAGUGUGAGAACAACCUCGUCAUGUUCAAGGCGAUCGCCCACCUGCAGGAGGACUUUGACGUUUUCUUCACUCCCUCCAACUAUGAGGAUCCAAACAUUCGAAAACAGAUCCAGGAGCAUCACAUCACAGCCUACGAAAACACCCGUGGACGCCGUUCACAUAAGGGGAAGGCCAUGGCGACUCUAGUUGUGGCUAACGAUCCAGAUGGCAAGACCAAAACUAUAUCCACAGAAGCUGGUUUGCGUCGUCUGGGGAGGCAGCUGCAGCGUACCGAGCAGGAGCUCUGGUCUGACUUGGCCUUACGAGCUCUGAAAGUGGGCAAAGUGGACAAGGCCCUCAAGAUCCUGAGUGAGCUGUAUGAGCACCACUAUAACAGCAGCACAGGGAAGGUUUUGUUCACUGCUGCCAAGAUGUUAUGCCAGAUGCUGGAGGCAGAUGUCCCCAUGGUGCUUCCAGAUGACAUGGAUUUGCCAGCAGUCAUCCAUGAUCUGGCCUGUCAAGCUAUCACUGUGUGUCACUCAGAUCUUCUCCUGGAUUGCCUGGAACUUUGCAAGUGCACACGGAUAGCUAUGGAUGUCUAUCAUCAGUGUCAGUUAUCAGACAACUAUGGUUUCAUAGCCAAGGAUUUGACUCUGGAGGCAGAAAAAGACCCUUACUCUCAGUGGAGUUUUCAAGAUGUUUUUAAUGAAGAUUGCAUUGUUCUGGACCCGGUGUCAGUGCUGCCUGUCCAGUAUGAAAUUACCAACUGCUUGCUGCCUAUUUCUCGAGAUACCAAAUUGUACCCUCUGGACUGUUCCUGUCUGUCACACUGCUCAUUUGAAGAUGGUUCAAACUACCUGCGGCCUCUGCUCGGCCCCCUGGGCAACAUAUUACAGAUGUUGCAGGAGUGCAGUCAGAUGGAGUUGGCCCUCAGAGUGCUGGUCAACGCAUACAGCAGCUGCCUGCAGCACGUCACCUCAAACGUCAUGGAUAUAAAGCUAAGCGUACAGCUUUAUGAUACACAAGAGCUUAAGAAGUACAACCUGUGCCUGAACGAUCUCAGGAAGACGACUACAUCUACUCUGAAUGCUGUAGCUGUGGCGCUCUUGAACAAGGUGUUCAACUGGAGGGUGGUGGAUUGUGAUUUGGCUAUUGGUCUCUGCACACUCCUCUCCAAAGCAGAAGUUUUCAAAACACUGUGGAAAGUUAUUGACAACACCUGGCAAAACUAUGACAAAAUUUUGGCUGUGGCGAAGAUUGGAGCAAACCUCUGUUGUUUAUACAAUGAGGUGGAGGAGCAGAAGAAGUUUCUCUCUGUCAUCACUGAUGCUGAGUGGGGAAUCAAGCUUGGCAAGUUGGAGAUAUCGAUCCAGCCUGUGUUCCGUCAGCGACCUGAGAUGAAGGGCAGUCUGAUCCCUGUUUUGGUGAAAAACAGGAGGAUCACCCCAGACAUUAUCCUCCAGUACUGCAGUACCUAUGGCCUAGACCAGGAUAGUGUAAUCAACCAGUACAUUACCACCUUACUCCUGCACCAGGAGGAUGAGGAAGGGGCAGGUGACCCAGCUGCAGGUCAGGAGGAGGUGCAGCCUCUGAGUCACGCUGACGCACUGGAACGAGUCCUGCAGAUUAUCCCAAUGUUACACAGCACCAGCGAGCUCACAGACAGCCUCUGUGCUGCCAUAUUCAAGCUUAGCCCCUACAACUACGAGAGAAUUGAAGUGGUGCUGAACAUCAUACAGGCUGCAGAUGAGAACGUGACCAGCCUCUCCGUUGGUCAGGCAAUGGGUCUCCUCCAGCAUCUGAAGUCCUACAAGCGAGUCUCUCCACCCUCAGACAUGGAGAACACGUAUCUUCUUGAAAACAGUCUGCUGCCAAACCCCCUUUCCGGUAGCCGACUUCCUUUCCAACUGCUUAUGCAGACCAAACAUUACUGGAAGAUUAUUUCUCCUGAGCUCAGUGAGGAAACCUUCCCCACACUUCUACUGAUUAGCAAACUCAUGAAGGUUAGCCUUGACAAGCUCUACAUGUCAGCAGCAAACCAUGUGUUUGAGAAGAAGAUGAAGCCUUUACUCUUAGAGCAAAGGAAAAUGGGUCAGGGACAUGGCCAAAAUAAGGAGACUAUAAAGGUGGCCAAGACUAUGAUGAAGUACAUCCAGUGCAUUCAAAGUCUGGAGUGGGCUGCUGCCACGGCCCACAAGAUAACCCAGGAGCUUCCACCAGGCUACGAGAAGACACAAUCACUUAGGUUCUGUUUGGCUCUUGGAGAUGCUUGGCUGAAGGAUCCACACCUUGACGAGGCAGCGCGGGCCAGAGGAGAGACCUUUCUAUCCAAGUUGAAGCUGCAGUUUCAGCGCUCAGCAACUGAGAAUACUUUGAUAACUAGUCAGCUGAACAGCCCGGAGUACCUGAAACUGACUGGGCUACCAGCCAGGCUCAUAGUGGCCCUGUACGAGCACAACAGUGUGGAACAGCGUUACAAAGAGUCAGGAGGUCAGACGUAUCCAGACAUACAUGCUGCUGUUAAGGAGAUUGCAGCAAUCAACAAUGUGGAUCUUCUAAAAAUCCGUAACAUGUUGUUAGAAAAAUGGAUCUGUAAGACCGGCCCAGCGGUGGUCAAGGAUGUUGGUAAUAGUGACUGUGUCAGCAACAUUGAGGAAGACCCAGACUUGAUGAGGGUGGUGUACAUGCUGCAGUCCUGCGCAAUGGAAGAUGCUGUUCGUCUUCUAAACCCUAUCCUAACUGCAGAAACCUGGCCGCUUAGCGCAUCUGGACCUCGUCUGACCUUCUGCCAUCGGACUCGAGUGCUGCUCUGUCUCAUUCGCCUCGCUGAUUCAGAAACUCUGGAGGCUAAGUUGCAGAUUCCCAGCACCAAAAUCCCAUAUUACCUGAAGUGUUACAUCUUUGUCUCUCAACUGGAAGCAUUAAACAUCCCGUACACAGUUCAGUCCUUCCUCAAUAGUCCCAAAGAGGGUUUGGUUAAAGGGCUUUGGAAGAACCACAGCCAUGAGCCUCAGGCUGUGCGGUUGGUGGCAGACCUGUGCCUGGAGUACCAGGUUUAUGACCCUCAGCUGUGGAACAGUCUACUUCAGAAGCUGCUGGGCUUCAACCUGAUCAGCCACCUCCAGAAGGUUCUAGAGGAAAUCGUGGCUGUGCCUGCUUUGUGGGAGAUUUCAAGUUUCUCCCGGACCUGGAGGAGCAUGAUACUGGCACCUUUUGUCUCAGCUUCUGUUCCCCUGAGUCCAGAUCAGCAGGCUACGCUCUACAGAACCUUUGUUCUGCUCCUCAAGUGCCCAUUCUUGUUGAAUCUGGAUUUGAUCGGAAUUGCCAAUCGCUUUGCACAGUUCAAUCUGCCCGCUUUCGCCUUGGGAACGCUCCUCCUCAUUCCCUGUGCCAGUAAGAAGGAGCAGCAAAUUCAGGGCUUUCUCUCGGUCUGUAACCCGCUUGCCAUCCUUGAACAAGUGGAUGAGCUUAUGAACACUGGGGAACUGGCUGGUAUUCCUUCACAGGUCAGGGAGACUGUAUUAACUUUUAUCAGUGAAAAUGGACAACACCAGAAACUGCUGAUGACGAAACACUUCAACCAUCUGAAGCAGCUCGUAGUGUCGAGGGGGCAGCCUAACCACGUGAAAGAUUUGGUGGACUAUCUGAUCAGUCAGAACUGUCAGGAUGAUGCAGACUCGCUCGCUCGUCAGUACAUGAAACACAGAGCGCAUCAAAGAGGGGAAACGCUGACAAAUGGCUCCCCGUCACCGAGCUGCCUGAAGGACUUUCUUAUCUUGUAAAAUGGAGUAUUGGGAUAAACCAGCACUAUUUCUUCAGCCAUAUUUAUAUAAUCCUUCUUGGUCUGUUUUGGGCUGAGAUGCAGUAUUUGCACUUGACAUUUAUCUUUCAGCUGUAAUGUUUGAAUAAACGGUAUUAUUGAAAA